AUGGGAGUGAAUAGUUCAAAGGGAGGCAAACUGAAAAGGGAGUUAUCCCCGCAGAAUGAGCCGAUUCACUCACUCCAUGCGCGUGGCAUUUCAUUAACGUCAGAGGCGGAAUUAAGCGUCUCCGUUCCAAAAAUACGGCCUCUUCCACUGAAGAUUGACACCACCAGCAAUCAUAACGGCAGUAGCAGUAGUGUUGGUGAGGCUGGGGGCGGCGAUGCACGUAAGAAUGGCAUCAAUGGGACCAGCGGUAAAGGUGCCGCGGAGGCUUUAUUCACGUCGCCGGAGUGUUCAUGCAACCCGACCGAUAACUUGCGUCCACCACUGUCACCUAAAAAUUUAUUUUGCCCGACAUCGCCGAUUCCAACGUACAGCAGCGAGUUGUCGGUCGCCCUGCCCUCCACCCCGAUGUUGCGCUCGUACCGACUGCACUCCUUUUCCCAGCAGGAGAGUACCCUGUCCAGUCCCCUUUCCCCAGGCCUGUCAUCCCCACCCAUUCAUACGCGCUUCUUGGAAAUUAACGGAUACCCAGCUGGGUUAGAGAACUACGGUAACACAUGCUACUGCAACGCCGUUAUUCAGCUCCUCUACCACUGUUCCCCGCUACGGCUGCGGCUGCUGGAGUUGUAUCAGAUAUACGCCAAAGGCGCGGGACACACUGGCUUUGAGGAAGACACACUACUUGCGCUUGUAGUGGAUUUGUUUGCAAAGAUGCACAAGGCAAAUAAUCAAAAGAGGUAUCGAAAGGAUGCCAUUGCACCAAAAGCACUUAUUUCCAGUAUAAAAGAACAAAAUGCAGCUUUUAAUAAUACUCUUCAGCAAGAUGCCCAUGAGUUUACGAUGUUUUUGUUGUCGAAGAUGAUAGAAACGGAGAAGCGCAUGAUGGGGGAUGAGAAAAAUCGUGCACUUUUCUUUGGUGCAAAAAAGGGCAAGGGACCAAAGUGGUGGAAUGUGUUACGUCGGGGUCGAAAACGGGAUGGUUCCUGGCAAGCGACGGGUGUAGGGGAAGUGCAGGAGGAGGAUGUGGAGCUACCGCCCGCUCUCCGUGAUGGAAAUGACGUACCACGACCAGCGAACGCACCAAGCGGAAGUGGUGAUGCAUCGGAUGCGCGUAUGGCGGCAACCUUUACAGCUGCUGCUGCUGCCGCAACAAGAACAACAACGGCUGCAGAAGCCGAUUGGAGUGCUGUGUCACCCAUUCAAGUGAUAUUUGGUGGUCAGUUUGCUUCGCUGACGGCGUGUUUUGAGUGUGAGCGGACGAAAACGACUCGGGAGGUCUUUUUGGACCUCAGUCUUGACAUUGAGCAGGGAUCCUCGCUGCUGCGCUGCGUGUCGAACUUUGGCUCACCAGAGUUGUUUUAUGGGGCGAACAAGUUGCAUUGUGAACAUUGCAAAAAGCAUGUGGUUGCACAGAAAUUGCUUCGCGUGCAUCGACUGCCGGAGUAUGCACUGUUGGUGCACUUGAAGCGGUUUGAAUACAACGAGAAGACGGGCAAGCUAACGAAGCGAAGUGACCACGUCGCCGUCCCAAAUGAAAUUGAUGUGGUGGAGUACGAGCCCUGGGAUGACAGCAAUGGCGCCAGCAAGACUGGCGUCUCGGAGUGCGACUCACAUGCCCCGUGUCCUCCAGGUUCUCCGUCAGUGGCGGUUGAGGCACGCACAGUGGCGGAGGGCGAGGAUGAAGCCAGCGCCCCACGUCCCUCAGUACACCUGAUGAACAAGUUGGAUGGCGUGGUGCACCGCAAGGGACGCUUUGCGCUGAGUGGUUUUGUAACGCAUUUGGGGGAGGGCCCUGAUGUUGGCCACUAUUUCACAUGCGUGCGGCACGGGGGACGUUGGUGCCUCUUCAAUGACGCCACUGUGACGGAGCUGACGGAAUAUGAGGUGCAAAAGUUCUGGGGGGUACCGAUCCCUGUGAGUGGGGUGGUCACUGCAACGGCGUACAUCCUCCUGUACGAGCGUGUUGCGUGA